AUGUACAGGUGGGGGUAGGAGAUCCUGGACAAGUUCAUGAGGAUCUAUCGCUACCAGACGCACGACUACGCCUUCAGCAGUAACGAGCGCCUGCUUCACGCCCUCGGUGGGAACGACUUCACCCUCUUGCUGAACCAAACCAUCGACGAAGCCAUGCAGAAAGCCGGCUUCUCUCACAAAUUCCUCAACGAGGUGGUUUGUCCUGCCAUGAGAGUCAAUUACGGGCAAGGCAUCAACGUCCACGCCUUCGUAGGUGCUGUUUCCCUGGCAGGGGUGGAUUCGGGCCUGUGGGCAGUAAAAGGAGGGAACAACCUUGUCUGCACUGGCCUUAUCUACGCUUCCAAAGCUGAUGUUAUCCCUGGUACGGUUUUGUCCAUAGAGCCAAAAAUCAGACCAGGACCCACAGGGGACCCGGUGAAGCUCUACUACGUCACUUACAACACUACGUCAGGGCUGACGGGGGAGAUGUACGACAUCGUCAUCAUCGCCACGCCGCUGGGCCGCAAGAUGGCCAACAUCACCUUCAAGAACUUUGACCCUCCCGUGCCAGAGUUCCCAAACCCUUACCACCAAACCGUCACGACCUUGGUGCACGGCCGCUUAAACGCCUCCUUCUUCGGUUACCAGGACCCGUCCGCCUUUCAUCUCGGUGCCAUCCUCACCGUGGAGAAUCCCAAACUCUUCAUCAACAGCCUGGGCGUGGUGUCACCCGUGGGGGACGCGAGCGCCGAAAGCGAGCCGCCCUUGCGCUCGGCCGUCUGGAAGGUUUUCUCCGAAGAGCCACUCACCAAAGAGCAGCUCAACCUCCUGUUCUCCUCUUACGACUCGGUCGAAGUGAAGAAGUGGUUGGCGUACCCCCACUACAGCACCCCGGAGAAAUGCCCUCCCGUCGUCCUCCACGACAACGUCUACUACCUGAACGGCAUCGAGCGGGCCGCCAGCGCCAUGGAGAUGAGCGCCAUCGCCGCCAAGAACGCCGCCCUGCUCGCUUACCACCGCUGGUACGGCAACGCCGACCGCAUCGACCAGGAGGAUUUGCACGAGAAGCUGAAAACGGAGCUCUGA